CUAAAAGAAAUCAUUUAUCAUCAUUAUUAUUGUUGUUGUUGGUUGUCAACGCCGAAACUGGAUUACACUAUGUCGGAUAAGAAAAAAGAGAGUUUUGUGUGAACACAAAACACCAACAACAAUAUCAACAACCUACAGCAUAUAUAUAAAUAUAUAUAUAUGUGAAGAAAAAGGAACGAAAGAAGAUCGAAAAACAAAAUAGUAACAACAGAAUUUUGUUUAAAAAUAUGAAGGAAUGUUGUGGAUAAGGAUAAUUAAUCGAUGCAGGCCAAAAAGCGCUACUUUAUAGUGACUACAUUUGGAAUUGCACUUAUUCUCAUAUUUGGAUUUCUCAAGGAUCAUCAUGGCGAUAUCUCCCUGUUACAAGGGAGAGAAAGUGCUAAGAUCCGCUCUUUCAUGGACGAGGACGAUGAUAAAUUCGACGAAGAUUUGCACAUAUCGGCCAAACAGCGACGGACACACAAGUCCUCGUUGUUCAACAGACCACAGAUUAAGGGUAAAUACCAACAACAUAACAACGCCUUCUUUAAUAAAGACUGUCGGAUGGGAACAUGUUUUAAUUUUAGUCGCUGCAAAGUGCAUGGAUUUCGCGUAUACAUAUACCCCGAACUUGAAAGGGUGUCGAGCACUUACAGCAAAAUUCUUACUGUCAUACGAGAAUCUAGGUACUAUACGCCGGACCCGGCUAAAGCAUGCAUAUUUGUGCUAUCUAUGGACACUUUGGACCGUGAUGUUCUAAGCCGGGAUUAUGUUAAGGACGUACAAGGGAAACUAAACAAACUGGAUCUUUGGAAUAAUGGACAGAAUCACAUCAUAUUUAACCUUUAUUCAGGGACUUGGCCUGACUAUGCCGAGGACUUAGGGUUUGAUAUUGGACAGGCGAUGUUGGCCAAAGCUAGUAUAUCGAGGUCCAAUUUUCGAACGGGUUUCGAUGUGUCUAUUCCGUUAUUUGCUAAGGAUCACCCCUUGAAAGGUGGAGAGCCUGGAUAUCUCCAUGUUGCGUCCAACAGUAUCCCGUCGACACGACAGUAUAUUUUAUCUUUUAAAGGGAAACGUUAUGUCAUUGGUAUCGGAUCUGAGACUCGGAAUUCCUUAUAUCAUAUUCAUAAUGGUAGGGACAUCGUACUGUUUACCACAUGUAAACACGGAAAAGACUGGCAGAACUGGAAAGAUGCACGUUGCGAAAAGGAUAAUGCAGAGUUUGACAGGUAAGGCCUUUUUGACUACCUGUGUUUUUUUAUU